UCAUCCUUUCCUAGCACAGCCUCUACAUCACAGGAAGACCAUGAAAUCGAUUCAGGGUCCACUUCCUCGAGGAAAUUGAGGGUAACUCUGUUAAGCAGUGAAUGGAGGUCAACAAAAGGAGAUGUGUCAACCAUCAACCGAGAGCUGGCCAUUCAGUUGGCAAAACACCCCAGCGUAGAGGUCAGUGUUUAUCUUCCUCAGUGCAGUGAAGAGGAUAAACGAGAUGCUACAGGUCACGAUGUCCAUCUUAUUAAAGCAGAAGCAGUGCCAGGUUAUAACCCAGUUGACUGGUUGUCCUUUCUACGUGAAGGCCAAGCGAUGGACUGUGUGGUAGGAUAUGGGGUUGUUCUUGGUCGGCAAGUACAGUUAAUCAAACGUUAUCAUAAGUGCAAGUGGAUACAGAUUGUUAACGCAGCUCCUGAGGAGCAGGGUAUGUACAAGCAUGCUAUUUUAAGAGCUGAGAAAUUGCACCAGGAUGAGGUGAAACUCUGUGAAAAAGCUGAUCAAGUUGUAGCAGUUGGACCCAAGUUGGCUGAUGUUUUGAGACGUUAUCUCCGUUUUUGUAGAAGGGAUCAAGAUGUUCUCAAUCUUACCCCAGGCAUCUUUUCUGACUUUGCUGAUGUGAUGCAAGCUACUGAAGAAAGAAAAACUUUUAGUGUUUUAAUGUUUGGACCUGAUGACAAUAAAGAUUUUAACCUAAAUGGAUAUGACAUCGCUGCUUGCGCUAUUGCUGAGUUGAAAGGUGAGCCACAGCCCUAUAAACUCCUGUUUGUUGGUGCACCACGUGGAGAAGAGGAGAAAGUAAAAGAGUUGUUACUCCAGCAAGGAAUUGAUCGACGUCAACUAACUGUGCGUUGUUUUUGUGAAAGCAGGGAGCAGCUUGCCUGGUUGUUUUGUGAAGUAGAUCUAGCUAUAAUGCCUUCACGAUCUGAGGGCUUUGGUCUAGCCGCCCUUGAGGCUUUAUCUGCUGGUCUGCCUGUGCUGGUCAGUGGGAACUCUGGUCUUGGUGAGGCCUUGAAGGACGUUCUGUAUGGUUCAAUCUGUGUUGUGGACUCAGAAGAUCCUAAAGAUUGGGCCAGUGCAAUCAAAGCUGUUCGUCAAAAGGACAGGGAGAUGCGACUUAAAGAGACUGAGAUUGUACGUGAUAAUUAUGCAUUAAAGUACAGCUGGAAAAAAGAGUGUGACAAACUUGUGGAAAGGAUGUCAAAUAUUACUCUGGGAGGUAAGUGU